CGCCGGCCGCGCGCGCGCGCUGUGAACGCGGACUCUGGCGCGCGCACUGCCCUCCAGCCCACAGCGCCCGCCCGUGGGCCGCGUUCGCUCGGGGCGCGCUCCCGCCUCCCCUGGUUUUCGCUUUCGCUUUGCAGCUCCUCUGCAGAGAAACAAAGCGGCCGCGACGACUGGAGAUGCGGCCGCAUUGCGGGGAGCGGAGCCUGGACCCCGGCCCCCCGCAAGCAAGGUGGCAGCAUACCCUGGGCCUCCUGGUGAUGUCGGGAGACUGGACAGCUAAGAAAGAAGAAAAUGGCCUCCCUCCUCCCGGAGACUUGCCAUGAGGCUAGGUGGCUCUAGUAGUAAGACUCCUCGGAAAGCUGAGGCAGGAGAAUCGCGAGAUCGAGGCCAACUUGGCCUACAGAGAGAGAGCCUGUCUCAAAACACCAAAGCAAACCAAACUCAACAGUUAAGCCGGCAGCUGCCGCCCUACGUCAGUAAAAAGCAGGAAGUCAGAAACGACUGCCCAGCCUUUUAAGGAGCUGCACCGGGAAGACCUGCUCGCCCACCGUAGGCCUCCCACUUCCCGGCAUGCCCCGGGCGUGCGAGAGGCGUGGACAAGGGCGCGCGCGUCCCACGUGACCCCCAGGUCAAGCGAGGCGGGAAUCUGCGAGCUCGCCGUGGCUGGGUCCCUUGGCUCUCUUCGGCGGUGGGUCGGCACCCCUGAACCGGCCCGCGCCCUCCGGGGGGAAACCGAAGCCCGCGAGACCGGAAGUGCGCCCGCCGCAGCUCCCGCCUGCAGCUCGCAGCGUGUGUUCCCCACUUCCCGGUCCGCUCGGGGCGUCUGCUUCCCGGCUUUCGGCUUUGCCCAUCUUCCGCCUGAGGUUAAUCUUGUCCCUGGCACUGAGAUACGAAACGUGCUGCAAACAUGUCCCGGAUCGAAAAGAUGAGCAUUCUGGGCGUGCGGAGUUUUGGGAUAGAGGAUAAAGAUAAGCAAAUUAUCACUUUCUUCAGCCCCCUCACAAUUUUGGUUGGCCCUAAUGGGGCGGGGAAGACGACCAUCAUUGAAUGUCUAAAGUAUAUUUGCACUGGAGAUUUCCCUCCUGGAACCAAAGGAAAUACAUUUGUUCAUGAUCCCAAGGUUGCUCAAGAAACAGAUGUGCGAGCCCAGAUUCGCCUGCAGUUUCGAGAUGUCAAUGGAGAGGUGGUGGCUGUGCAGAGGUCUAUGCUUUGCAGUCAGAAAAGCAAAAAAACGGAAUUUAAAACCCUGGAAGGAGUCAUUACUAGGAAAAAGCAUGGUGAAAAUGUCAGUGUCAGCUCCAAAUGUGCAGAAAUAGACCGAGAAAUGAUAAGCUGUCUUGGGGUUUCCAAGGCUGUGCUAAAUAAUGUCAUUUUCUGUCACCAAGAAGACUCCAACUGGCCUUUAAGUGAAGGAAAGGCCCUGAAGCAGAAGUUUGAUGAGAUUUUUUCAGCAACAAGGUACAUUAAAGCCUUGGAUACCCUUCGACAGGUGCGUCAGACACAAGGUCAGAAGGUAAAAGAGUGUCAGACAGAACUGAAAUAUCUGAAGCAAAAUAAGGAGAAAGCCUGUGAGAUCCGCGACCAGAUUAGCAGUAAGGAGGCCCAGCUAGCAUCUUCACAGGAGAUUGUCAGGUCCUAUGAGAAUGAACUUGAGCCAUUGAAGAAUCGCCUGAAAGAAAUUGAACACAACCUCUCUAAAAUAAUGAGACUUGACAAUGAAAUUAAAGCCUUGGAUAGCCGAAAGAAGCAAAUGGAAAAAGAUAACAGUGAAUUAGAACAGAAGAUGGAAAAGGUGUUUCAAGGGACUGAUGAGCAGCUGAAUGACUUGUAUCACAAUCACCAGAGAACAGUGAGGGAGAAAGAGAGGCGCUUGGUGGACUGUCAGCGUGAACUGGAGAAGCUGAACAAAGAAGCUCGCCUCCUCAACCAGGAAAGAGAGGAGCUGCUUGUGGAGCAGGGUCGUCUACAACUACAGGCAGAUCGCCAUCAAGAACAUAUCCGAGCCAGAGAUUCAUUAAUUCAGUCUUUGGCAACACAUCUCGAAUUGGAUGGUUUUGAGCGUGGGCCCUUUAGUGAAAGACAGAUUAAAAAUUUUCACGGACUUGUAAGAGAGAGACAGGAAAGAGAAGCUCAAAUUGCCAGCCAGCUCUUGAAUGACCUUACAGAAAAAGAAACUCUGAAGCAAAAGCAGAUUGAUGAGAUAAGGGACAAGAAGGCCGGACUGGGCCGAAUGAUUGAGCUGAAAACAGAACUGCUCACUAAGAAGCAGAGCGAGCUGCGGAACGUGAAGAAUGAGCUGCAGACACUAGAGGGCUCAUCGGACAGGAUUCUGGAGCUGGACCAGGAGCUCAAAAAAACCGAACGUGAACUAAGCAAGGCUGAGAAAAAUAGCAGUGUAGAAACCCUAAAGGCAGAGGUAAUAAGCCUUCAAAGUGAGAAAGCCGACCUGGACCGGAGCUUGCGGAAGCUGGACCAGGAGAUGGAGCAGUUGAAUCAUCACACAACCACCCGCACGCAGAUGGAGAUGCUGACCAAAGACAAGGCUGACAAAGAUGAACAAAUCAGAAAGAUAAAGUCUAGGCACAGUGAUGAGCUGACUUCACUGUUGGGGUAUUUUCCUAACAAAAAACAGCUUGAAGACUGGCUUCAUUCUAAAUCCAAAGAAAUCAACCAGACCAGGGACAGACUUGCCACACUGAACAAAGAACUAGCUUCAGCCGAACAGAAUAAAAAUCAUGUAAAUAAUGAGCUGAAGAAAAAGGAAGAACAGUUGUCCAGUUAUGAAGAUAAGCUAUUUGAUGUUUGUGGUAGCCAAGAUUUUGAAAGUGAUUUAGGCAGACUUAAAGAAGAAAUUGAAAAGUCCUCAAAACAGCGCGCCAUGCUGGCUGGAGCCACAGCAGUUUACUCCCAGUUCAUUACUCAGCUGACAGAUGAGGACCAGGCUUGUUGUCCAGUCUGUCAGAGAGUGUUUCAGACGGAGGCUGAAUUACAGGAAGUCAUCAGUGACUUGCAGUCCAAGCUGAGGCUUGCUCCAGAUAAGCUCAAGUCAACAGAAUCAGAACUAAAAAAAAAAGAACGACGCCGUGAUGAAAUGCUUGGGCUUGUGCCUGUGAGGCAAAGCAUAAUUGAUUUGAAGGAGAAGGAAAUACCAGAAUUAAGAAACAGACUACAGAAUGUCAAUAGAGACAUCCAGCGCCUAAAGACUGACAUAGAAGAACAGGAAACACUCCUGGGUACAAUCAUGCCUGAAGAAGAAAGUGCUAAAGUAUGCCUGACAGAUGUUACAGUUAUGGAGAGGUUCCAGAUGGAGCUGAAAGAUGUUGAAAGGAAAAUUGCACAGCAGGCAGCUAAGCUGCAGGGGGUAGACCUGGAUCGAACUGUCCAGCAGGUCAACCAGGAAAAACAGGAGAAGCAGCACAAGCUGGAUACAGUUUCCAGUAAGGUUGAAUUGAACCGUAAGCUUAUACAGGACCAACAGGAGCAAAUUCAAUACCUGAAAAGUAAAACAAAUGAGCUAAAAUCAGAGAAACUGCAGAUAUCCACGAAUUUGCAACGUCGUCAGCAAAUGGAGGAGCAGACUGUGGAAUUAUCCACUGAAGUUCAGUCCUUAUACAGAGAGAUAAAGGAUGCCAAAGAGCAAAUAAACCCUUUGGAGACAGCACUGGAAAAGUUCCAGCAGGAAAAGGAAGAAUUAAUUCACAGAAAGCAAUCAAGUACCAAAAUGGCUCAGGAGAAAAUCAGUGAUAUCAAAGAGAAGGUUAAAAAUAUUAAUGGUUACAUGAAAGACAUAGAGAAUUAUAUUCAAGAUGGAAAAGAUGACUAUAAGAAGCAAAAGGAAACUGAACUUAAUGAAGUUGUAGUUCAACUAAAUGAAUGUGACAAACACAAAGAAAAGAUAAAUAAAGAAAUGGGAACCAUGAGGCAAGAUAUUGACACACAGAAGAUACAGGAACGGUGGCUACAGGAUAACCUCACACUGAGAAAAAGAAGAGAGGAGCUGAAAGAAGUUGAAGAAGAAAGAAAACAUCAUUUGAAGGAGAUGGGACAAAUGCAAGUUUUACAAAUGAAGAACGAACAUCAGAAGUUGGAAGAGAACAUAGACACUAUAAAAAGAAAUCACAGUUUGGCACUGGGGCGACAGAAGGGCUAUGAAGAAGAAAUUCUUCACUUUAAGAAGGAACUUCGAGAAGCUCAGUUUCGGGAUGCUGAGGAAAAGUAUAGAGAAAUGAUGAUCGUCAUGAGAACCACAGAGCUGGUGAACAAGGACCUGGACAUCUACUACAAGACCCUGGACCAAGCAAUAAUGAAAUUUCACAGUAUGAAGAUGGAAGAAAUCAACAAAAUUAUUCGUGAUCUUUGGCGGAGUACCUAUCGUGGACAAGAUAUUGAAUACAUAGAAAUUCGAUCAGAUGCUGACGAAAAUGUCUCGGCUUCUGACAAAAGACGGAAUUACAACUACCGAGUGGUAAUGCUGAAGGGGGAUACAGCCUUGGACAUGCGGGGACGAUGCAGUGCUGGACAAAAGGUGUUGGCCUCUCUCAUCAUCCGCUUGGCAUUGGCUGAAACCUUCUGUCUGAACUGUGGCAUCCUUGCCUUGGAUGAACCCACGACAAAUCUUGACCGAGAAAACAUUGAAUCUCUUGCACAUGCUUUGGUUGAGAUCAUAAAAAGUCGCUCACAGCAGCGUAACUUCCAGCUUCUGGUAAUUACUCACGAUGAAGAUUUUGUGGAGCUCUUGGGGCGAUCUGAGUACGUGGAGAAAUUCUACAGGAUUAGGAAGAACAUGGACCAGUGCUCGGAGAUUGUGACGUGCAACAUUAACUCCCUGGUCUCUUAUGUUCACUGACUUGUUUUGGUAGGGAAGUAGCCUAUGUGAAGGGAACCAUGUCGGGAGGGUUUGAGAAGACCUAAGAUCCUGAGGCUGCCUCAAUUGAAGGCUAACUGAUGUUCCUCUGAACACAGUCCCCGCGGACCUAGCGACCUCCCAGUUCUGCUCAGCCUUUCAUCUUCCGGCCAACUGAAGAUCACCCAAAUGAGUGACACUUCUUAGAGCAUUGCUGACUGGGGUGGAGGGGGGUGCUGCUGCUUUGGUGAUUUAUGGGGUGGGCAUUUUAAAACUGUAUUUUCUUUGAAGCUUUGAAGUGAGAUUUAAUAACUGGCUUGGCUUUAACAUGAAUCCAUGUAUAUAACCUGUCUGUCUGAGCCUCAGUCAUUGAGUGGAGGCUGGCAGUGUGACAGAAGCCAUAGAUGGUCGUCUGAUGGAGUACCCAGUUCCCUCCCCAUGCAGCCCUGCCAGAUAGUUAUUCUGCCCAUGUGUUAGAGAGGAAAUUCCCCUCCUGACCUGCCUAUCAUUUGGAAACCUGUCACUCUCUUCUCUGUCGUGUGUAUCCACUUGGCCUGGCCAUUAAUCCCAGUUACUCUCACAGCAGGUUCCCAUGUGGGUGGGAAGCUAGGCUCACCCACAGCUGGGCCCGCUCCCCAUGAACAGACCUGCAAGGGCAAACCUCAGUUUCAUUCCAGAGACCAGUCUGCUGAAGUCCAGUCCACAUUUCCAUGGAAUUGCCAGCUGAAGCCUUCUGUGUAUAUUCUGUGUAGACAGGGUCCAUCAAAGUCACAUGCUUGCAGAUGCCACUUUACAGCUCUAUCAUGGAGUUGGUUAGGCCUGCUCUGCGCAGUCUGCAGAUCCGAUGGGCAGCAGCUCUAGAACAGGGCUUGUUUUUUCCACUCAUGACUGUUUCCUUCAGAUUAUGAGUGGAAAAAUGAUACAUAAAUUCAAUGCAUACUGAAAAUAGAUAAGGAAAAUUAGUUUAAAACAAUUCUUUGGUAUAUUUAUAUAUACAACUAUCAUUUAUUAAAGACAAAAGCAAAUAUUUGUGUACUAAUGGCAUGGAUGUAAUUGUUUUGCACAUAGAGUUAGUUAAAUCUUAAUGGAAUGUUUAAUACUUCAGGAGGACAUAAAACAUCUUCAACAUUUUUGAGAGGUGAUUGGUAGUUUGAUUCUAUAAUCAAUUUUAAAGUUGCUUCACAUAGCCAGGUAUGAUAUCCCAGCAGAGGCAGGUGGAUCUCUGAGUUCAAGGCCAGCUGUAUAUACAUAGCAAGACUUUGUCUCAGAAAGCAAAUAUUUUUCACAGAUACAUGUAUAAAAUGCAGGGUAAUGUUUUUGUCCAUUUUUAAUGUUUUUGGAAAUUCUGUCACUCCCAAACCAAAAUGCUGUGGGAUGUCUUUUUGUAUGCUGUGAAUAUGUGUUACUCCCAUUGGCUAAUAAAUAAAGCUGCAUUGACCUCUGGCAGGGCAGGAUGGAGCCAGGUGGGAAAAUCCAAGAGAGAGAGAGGAGAAAGGAGAGGCAGGGGAAACGCUGAACCGCGCUGUCCAGGAGCAACAUGUAAUGGGAUGCAGGUAAAGCCACAGAACACGUGGUGAAACAUAGAUUAAUAGUUAUGGGUUGAGUUAAGUUAUAAGAGCUAGCUAGUAAGAAGCCUGAGCCAUAGGCCAUAUAAUUUGCAAUUAA